AUGGCUAUACUGAGGUCAGAUCGUUACCGAAUGAUAGAAUGGACAGUAUGUGUACUGUUAUUCAUAUACCUUUCAAUACCACAAACUGUAACUCUACCUAACGGUCGUGUACCGGCUUAUGAUCCACUCUGUAAUAUUGGAUUUGCACCAGAAAGAUUUAUGCCUGUGUUCUGGGAUUGUUCUGGAUUUAUUAACUGUGAUCCAACACCACUAGGGAGAUAUGAAGCUAUCUGGGAGAAUUGUCCACCUCAGUUGGUAUUCAGUUCCCGAGGUAGAAACUGUGUAACGUCUUCCUAUUGUCCAGAUGGCAAAGCGGCGUCAGUAUCGUUCUGUCAGAGUGGAAGUACACCAAACCUUGCCUUUAAACAUCCCGACAGCUGUGCCAUGUAUUAUCAAUGUAACACCACUAAACCCAAUUCUAAUCUACGUGUAUAUGAAAACGAGUGUGAUCUAGGAAUGUUGUUUGAUGAAAAAGAUGGGAAAUGUAUAGAUAAACGUUUAGUAGAUUGUGGUGAUCGACCUCUACCUCAAGGAACAUGUGGUUAUAGGAAGCUAUGUAAACUACCUAGCUGUCGUGGACUACCGAACGGUUAUUAUCCCUUGGAAGAAGCUCCAUUUACUGCUGAAUAUUUUGAGUGUAUCAGCGAGGAAUUCAUAGCUGUCAGAAGAUGUACAGAAGCGUCAGAAAUUUUCGAUCCAUCAUUACGAAGAUGUACAAGAGGUGUUCUUCCAGGUAAGGAUUUUACGACAUAA